AUGAAUACUACUUUGGAGAAAGCAUUUCAGAAUAAUGCUAGACAUGAUUUGGAUAGCAGAAUUGCUAGGAUGUUUUACACCGGUGGGCUUCCGUUUAACUUUGCAAGGAACCCACAUUAUCGUAGUUCCUAUGCAUUUGCUGCUACUCAUAGCAUUCCGGGUUAUCUUCCUCAUGGAUACAAUGCUUUGAGAACAACACUUUUGCAAAAAGAAAGAGCUCAUGUUGAAAGACUUUUGAAACCAAUUAAGGACUAUUGGCUUGAAAAUGGUGUAAGUAUAGUUUCUAAUGGAUGGUCAGAUCCACAAAGGAGGCCUCUUAUUAAUAUUAUGGCUGUAUCAGAUGGGGGUCCAGUGUUUAUAAAGGCAAUUGAUGGGUUAGGUGAGUUCAAAGACAAGCAUUACAUUGCUGGGGUGUUGAAGGAUGCUAUAAAAGAGAUUGGACAUGAAAAAGUUGUCCAAGUCAUCACUGAUAAUGCUAAUGUGAUGAAGUCUACUGGAGCUCUUAUUGAGGGUGAGUAUCCUAAAAUAUUUUGGACACCUUGUGUUGUCCACACUCUCAAUCUAGCUUUGAAGAAUAUUUGUGCAGCAAAAAACACUGAAAAGAAAGAAGUUACAUAUGAGGAAUGUAGUUGGAUUACACGUGUUGCUGAUGAUGCAUCCUUCAUACGUGUUUUUAUCAUGAACCAUUCUAUGAGGUUGGCAAUGUUUAACGAAUUUUGUCCAUUAAAAUUGCUCCAAGUUGCUGAUACUAGAUUUGCUUCGGUGGUUGUAACGUUGAAAAUGUUGAAGUUGAUAAAAAGAUGCCUUUAA